CUUGAAGCGAGCGUCAAAUGUUUUGUUAUUACAAACGGCGAUGGACCUAAAACCGAUGUGCCUUUAGCUUGAAUAUGAUCUGAAGAAGACAAAAUAGUGCCUAUAUUUGGAAAAAUGGCACCAUCUUUGCAAACUCUGAAGAGGGGAAGUAUACAAGUACAAAGGGCAGCAAAAGUAGUAAAUGAUCAGAUCGGAUCCAGACAAGUGCUAUGCAUCUUCGUGGUCACUGGUUUCGUGCUAUGUGGGGUAGUGGAACAGAGUGCUUCAGUAGCUCUAAGAGCAAACAGCACGUCGAGCUACUCAGCUCACGAGUUUGCUGAGUACGUGGAGAACACUAGCUACAUCACCAGAUACUGCCAGCCACCAUCUCAGAAUGGCAGCAGCAAUACAGUCCAUGUGGUCAGGUCCAUACCGCAUAUAGAGAUUCCAAUGACUCGCACAGACAAAACAGAGUCAGUUCUCAGACAAGCAUUCAUGUGGGGGACCCUAGUAUCUCCCCUAGCUGCUAGUAGGAUAGCGGCCAGGGUGGGAGCAGAAAGACUUUUUGGAGCCGGAGUACUGGGUUCAGGAGUGGUAGCCAUGAUGGUACCCGCCACCUGGUUAACAGCCUUUCACGUAGUCAUCAGAUUUUUCCAAGGAGUAUUCAUGGGAGCUACAUGGCCAGCUGCCCAUAUGUUGGCAGUGACAUGGAUAAAGCCUAAGCACAUCAGUGGCUUCAUAUCGCUAUAUGCAGCUGUGAAUUUUGGUUAUGCAGUUGUGGGCAUCUUAGGUACGAUGUUGGUCCGUAAGCUUGGCAGAGAUUGGCUUAGCUACGUCAUAUCUUUAUGCUCCUUUCUUUGGUAUUUUCUAUGGUGGCGAUUCGUGGAUCAAUCUUUGGCUCCCAACCGACCAAAAAGAGAUGAACAUAGGCAUCUUCCUUGGAGAAGCCUUCUGACUUCUAAGCCUGCCUGGGCUUGUGGAAUAGCUGUAAUUGGUAGCCAAUGGGCAGAUGCUACACUUAUGUUGGGUGUUACGAAAUAUCUGAAACUUGUGUACGGGUUUUCAAUUGAAUAUGAGGAUAUUUUGCAGUCUCUUCCACACAUUGGUCAUUUCAUUGCUGCCAUUACGUUUGGAAUAGUAGUAGAUCAUGUAAGAGAAUCAGGAUUGGUGUCAACAACUACUUCCAGAAAAUUCUUCGUUUAUCUAUCUCAUUUUCCGCCUGCUGCUCUCAUGUUCGUUUUGGGAUAUACAGGGUGUGAUCCUGCUGCCCCAGCUGCCCUUUAUACAGCAGCUUUGGCAAUGACUGGGGCCACAGCUGCUGGUGUUUAUUCUAGUGCUGCUGAUAUUGCUCCUAAUUUUGCAGGUACUGUUUUUGGGCUCUGCCAAACUGUUGGAGCUGCUGGAUUAUUAGCUGCAAACUAUGUAGUAUCUGAAGGACUUCAUGGAUCUUUCGCGGGCUGGUGGCGUUUAGUUUUCGGAGUUUCCUCUGCAGUUCUUUUGCUGACUGCCGGGGCCUUUAUGGCCAUGGGGAGCGGUUCCAUACAGGACUGGAAUGCACCAGGUGACAAUGAGUCUAUCGUAGAAGCAGUAGAAGAGCCGUCUAGAUUAGAAUCUGUUUUGGAAUGAAAAAUGUUACCUACGUUCACCAUCUUUAAUUGUAUUAAAUAUAUAUCUAGAACAAUCACACUGUAAUAUUUGCCUGAACCAUCAUAAGCAUUUUUGCCGCCCUACUUAUUGUUA